UUUAAUAUCCAUGACCUAGAAUUCUGCAAACCUCGGCCAUCAAUAAUUAAUGAUACGUCCUCCUAAACAAAUACAUCAAAGUGAAGGAUCAAAUGAAAAUAUUUGCGAGCUCUGCUCAUUUGCUCCGCCGCUCUAGCUCCAGCUCCAACACACGCAUGUUCAACUCUCCGUUUUUGGUACUCUUCGCUGCUCUGCUGCAAAUUGGCUUUUCGAGUAUUUCAAGUGGAAUUCUGGAAUGCUCGGCUAAGCUUCAAGUUUUUACCGAUCAUUUUGAGCAGUUUAAGCAGGACUUCUCAACGAUCACCGAUAAGAAUCGCGAACGGUUAAGCCUGCUCUACAAAUGCCAAGAAGCCACUGAUUGCUAUAUGAAGCUUGAGCAGCUGCAUCCGACGUCUAAGGAAAUCAAGAAGCUGGUCAAUUUUGUUGAGAGGAACCAGGUGCCUAUUUGUCAAAUCCUGAAUUUUAACACUGGAGAAUUCGCGAUUUGUACGGAAAAAGAGAACAUUGACGCCGCCUACAUCCGGAAUCAUGUCCUGGAGCCUGGUUCUUCAGAAUGUAGAUUGUCAGACAAUGAAUUCUCAAAAUUGGAAAAGAUAAUCGAUGCAAAAUGUGGACAAUCAGCUCUCAAAAACCUUCAAUUACAUUCAAAUUUUGUACGAAAUAUUUUGUGUCCUUGAACGUUUUUUGCUUAAAAGCAAAACAUUGUUUCUAUUUGUUUUUGGUUAAUUUUUAACGUAAUAAAAAUAAAAUUAAUUUUGG